UGUUCUUGGUUAUUUCACCUUUCAAGGUCAGGUAGGUGUGUGGUUCAAGCAUGAUGCUCGGAUUCUCAGAUGGUUUAGAGGGCAUCGAUCUAAUCUUGUUGUCCUUUGGAGCGGGCGAUUGCCUAUUGUUUUCCUCCCAUCAAGGGUGACCCUGAGACCAUUUUUGUUUGUGGCACACAAGGGAUAAACGACUUUGUUGGCGGGGGAAAAGGCGUGACCGUGGAACAAAUGGCGACGCUGAUCCCAAAGUAGAUUCUUCCCUCGAAGACGGACUCUAUCUCUGCAGGUUCCCAUCCCAUUGGCGGCAACUAGGCCAUAUCACCAAUAAACGUGGUAGGACUUUUCGGUUGAUCACCGUUUGAGCCCUGCUAUUUUUGGGGGUGUGCAGGCAAGAUAGGGCAGCCACACACUCCCUUGCACCUUUUCCUCCCUGAUUUUUGGGGUCCAAACGAAUUUUCCGUCUUUUUUGUUUGUCUUUUUUUCUCUUUGUUUUUUCUCCUCUUCCCCCCCAAUUUUUGUCACGUUCCAGAGCCCCUGUCCAUGCGCCCUACGUGCGUAUGACGGUGCACGGUAUGAGGUUGCAGAGGAUCAGUCUCUCCACCUGCACCGGAUGCGCAUGGAAAAUUGCCGAAGGUUCAAGAAGGUCCUGUUGCGCCGAGCCGACCAUCCCUCUCCCUGUUUGUUCUGCGGUUGCCAGCGAGAGCUGGGGUAUCACCUCUUGCCGCCGGCAAUUGUGCCGGGUUCAGCUUGAACUCGGUAUACAAAGUUAAAAUACCCAACGAUGGCUAUAUGUGUUUUGAUAUUAAGCCGACAUCUCCACCCAAAGUUCAUCCCAGGCUUCCCAGCGCAUUCAUCGUCCACUUUCUCAUGACUCUGGCAGAACUACAAGCCUUACCGCCUCCCUUGUGCCAAGCCCAAAAAGUCCCCUCGCUCGGCGGCAGACACCGAGGGAGCGAAAACCCAGGUCAGCGUUUGCCCACUGUUUCCAAGCCAUCCAUCCAUCGGCAGGGCCAAGGAAACUGGAGCUGCCUUGCACGCAAAAACCGAAUGCGCAGCUCGCGUGGGUCUUGGUUUGUGUUAGUUUUUCUGCUUGUUCGAGAUGGUGCACAAUGAACUUUUUUUUUUUCCUCUCUUUUUUUUCCUUAACAGGAUUCCAGUGGGUCCAAAUCACACGCUGAUUUUCUUGUGGCAUACCAACAAAACCUUAGAUGGGAGAAAAAUAAGAAAAAAAAUAAAAAAAUAAAAGGUUUGUUUUUAAUUCCAGGCCCAGAGAUUUCUGAUGAUGUUGUACUGUAGUCCAAAUGGGGUCCCCCCUACCUGCUGCGAGAUCCCAGUGGUUGGUUUCAUUCGAUUGGAAAAGGCGGGCUGUCGUGGAAAAAAAUCCUCUUUUUCCCACCCAGUUAGUUGGUACUUGAGAAUAUCUCGCCGAUCGAACCUCUCCUGACUGCCAAAAAAGCCCCUUCAUUCAACCCCUCAAGGGAACUGCACCUUUUAGGGGGCGAUAGUGGACAGAGGAAAGAGAGAAAAAAAAAAUCCCCCCAGGCGACGCCACCUCGAUUCAUUACAAAACAGAGUGUUUUCCAUUACGACCAGAGGAAAAGGGCGCGUGGGCUCUUUUUUUUUGUGGUUCUCCUUACAUUCUCUUCUCGUCUUCCAUACCAUUCAUCCUGUUGGCCAUAGGAGGUUCUUCUACCCCGACAGAAGCUACCAAAAUUUGGAUCGCCCUCCUAAAACAGAAAAAAGAGAGAAAAAAAACCAGACCACAAACCCCCGGCAUGAAACAUGUCAGCAAGAGGCGCGCUGACCGUCCGGGCAUGCAGCAAAUGUCGCAAGAAGAAGAGAAAGUGCGAUGGCCAACACCCCUGCUCCAACUGUCAAGCUCGACAAGAACCCUGCAACUACAGCGUCAAGGAGUGGACUUCAAAGGAUGGCCUGCGGUCCGAGAUACAGGAGCUCAAGAGGAGGCAGGAGAGCACCGACACGGUCCUGGACGCGCUGAGGUCGCCCAGCACCAGCGGAAUCGUACUGGAGCAGCUGCAGCGCGGCGAUUCCGUCGCCAAGAUUGAGGAAAAGGUCCUGGGCCUGACGUCGAGGAUUCCCGGGGCUUUUGUGGACGGGGCUUCGUCGCGAGCCAACGUGGUAGCGGAUGGGUUGCGGGGUAUCGGCGGCGGCGGUGGUGGUGGUGGUGUUGGUGAUGUGAAUGGCGCGGCUACUUUUCGACGGGGCUCCUCGUCUGCUUCCAGCUCACACCCUUCCAUGUCGACGGGCCAGCCUUUCGACGUGGGCAUGAUUCGGCCCAGCAUCAGCCCGGACGGCAUGAGCAUGGCGGUGCCGGUGCCGGUUGCGCCGGGAAUGCUCCCGCCGAUGAAAAAUCUAUCAGGAUCGUAUACGUCGGCCGGGUCCGAGACCUCCUCCGGAGCCACGUCCCCGCCGCUCUCGCGACCGCAUCCGAAACCGCUCCAGCAGCGCGACUCGGUAACCUCGUGGCCGCCGCCCCCGACGACGACGCAGACAAACUUUGACCAGCAGCAGCAGCAGCAGCAGCAGCAGCAGCACCACAUGCGGGGCGGCCCCCGCAUCUUCUCGACCGCCAUCAUGGAAUACCACCUCAACCUCCUCUUCUCGUGGGAGUGCCCGCCGCUGACCAUGAUCGACCGCGCCGCCUUCCUGGCCGACUUUGUCGCGGGCAGAGACCGCUACUGCUCGACCGCGCUCGAGUACGCCAUCGUGGCCGUCAGCACGAGGCUGACCGACGCCCUGGCCAACCGGGGCGCGAGGACGUCUGCCUCGGGCCAGACGACGACGACGACCACGCAGACGAUGGUGGAGCUGCAGCUGAUGGACCACCACCACCAUCAUAAUCUUUAUCGGCAGCAUCAGCAAGAGCCCGGCCGGCUGUACUUUGACCGCGGGCUGAUGCUGCUCUCUGGCGAGACGCAGCCCGUGAGGCUGCCGGACGUGCAGGCGCUUGGUCUCUUGUCCCUGUUUGAGGUGUGCAACGGCAACGAAGGGUUCGCGCGCGUGCUGGCGGAGCGGUGUCUCGAAGCAACGAUGGAGCUGCUGCGGCGGGGCACGGCAGCCUCGGCGGCUAUCUCACCGACUGACUCGCACAGCCUGACAAGGCAGGAAGUUGCGGAAACGUACGCGGGUGCUUAUACACUGGCGAGCAUCCUGAAAAUAGUGACAUACUCCCAGCCUGGCGCCCUACGCUCCCUCUCCUGGCAGCCGUGGCUCAGAGAAGACGCCGGGGGCCGCACGAGAAAGUUUUCCGACGUGGUCUUCGACCUGACCUGCAUCAUCGGGACGACCAUGUCCCUCCCAGAGUCAAAGGAUCCCGUCGUGGUGCUUGGAGUUUAUGAAAAGUGCCUCGAGUGGUACAAUUCUGCGCUCGGGGUGCUGCGGGAUGCCGUGGCCGAGGGGACGCCGUCGAGUUUGUUUCUGCACAUGUACUACCACUUCUACCUCGGCGUCCUCUUCCGCCCCCUGGCCGACCAGCAAGCCCACGACAGCACCGACGGCUACGACUUUGACAUAACGUCAGGACCAUCCGCGCACAUGAUGACGACGACCAUCACGACCGCGACGGGCGACCGCGCCAGCCCGCGCACCAUCUGCACCGAGUCGGCGCACGCCGUCAUCGCGCUGGCCCAGUCCUUUCGGCGCAUCCACACGCUGCGGCGGACGCCCGCCUUCCUGCCGUACUUUGUCUACGCUGCGGGUCUGAUGCUGCUGGAGCAGGACUGGAUCGAGGCAAGAGGAGGAGCUACAAACGACGCCGCUGCCGUCGAUGGCGUCGAUGGCGUCGUCGAUGGGAUGGAUGGUGUUGAUGGCGGUGCAGGCGGAGCAGGAGCAGGAAGCGGCCGAGGGAGCAGCAGCAGCGGCAGCCAGAUCGGCGGCAUGAGCAGGGACAGCGUCCAGAGUGCCGGCGUCGCCAUGGCGCUGGCUCAGCUGGCCGAGAUGGCGAGGACGCACCCGGCUGCCGCGGAGGCUCUGGAGGACUUGAGGAGCAAGGACAUGAAUGGGUAGGUUAUAUGUACUUUGGGUAUUUUGAAAAAGUGGGGGACAUUCUGACGGACAUAUUCCUUUCUCUCUCUUUUGGUAUACUUGUUUUUUUUUUCUUUUUUUUUUCUUUUUUUUUUCUUU